AAUAUAUAUAUUGUUAUAUAUAUAAUUACACAAUUGCUUUUUAACUUAAAAUAAAAAUAAACUGAAUCCACCGUGACCUUAUUCAAAAUUGCCGUUUGCUAACUUGCAUUUACAUUAUCGAUUACAUUGUUUAUCCAAGUUAAUUUCCGAGUAAAUGAGAUUUCUAAAUGUUUGAUUUCUUGUGAUUGAAAGAGCAAAUUAAAAAGAUCGAUAGAGUUAAAUCAACAUAUAGCAUUUCCAUUUCGAUAGUAGAAUCGUCAAGCAAUGUUACUUGUUACGUUGUUUCUUCAAAUCAUACUAGUAUCUGGUAAAAGAGUAUUUUAUAAAUUACAUCAAUGCGAGAAUAAUGAAGCAAAUUUAAAAUCUCUUGCUGAGAAAAUCGUGGAGGAAAUCAUUGAACAAACAAAUUGCAUUAUUUUUGUUACCGAUUCAAUUUAUCAAAAUCUUAUAGAUAUUAAAAAUAUUAAGGGUUCUUCGAAUGUGUCAAAAUAUGAGAUCCUAUUACGUGAUAACGAACAAUUUUUACGACCAAGACGACGAAUACAAAGAAUUUUAGUCGACGGUAGAACAGUUGACUGUAACGCAUAUAUUAUGUUAAUCAGUAAUGGUUAUUUGACAGCAGAAUUUUUACAAUAUACAGAAAGAGAACGUCUAAUUAAUACUCAUGGUUUAUUUUUAUUGUUAUAUGAUUCACGUUUAUUCCAAUUAAAUUUGUAUUAUCUUUGGAAAAAAAUAAUUAAUGUAGUUUUUAUCCGUCAAUAUAAUGCAUACAAGCAUCGUUCUGGUGAAAUAUUACUCAAAGAAAAAAUUGAUUUGAAUACCGUCUAUUUUCCUCCUCGUAAAAAAAGGCUUACCGCAACAAAAUAUAUAGAUACGUGGUAUCAAGGGAAAUUGCGUUAUGGUACCAAUCAUUUUACAGAAAAAACUAAUAAUUUACAAAAAAAGCAUUUACAAAUUGCUGUAUUUGAACAUAUUCCAGCAGUAACAGAAAAAAUAAAAUUAUAUUAUAACAAACAACCAAAUAAUAUAAUACAAGGUUUAGGAAUAGAAUUUGAAUUAAUACAGAUUAUAUCAAAAGCAAUGAACUUCAAACCAAAAUAUUAUAUACAUCAAAAUAUUCCAUUGAAACAAAAGGACAUUGAAGGAAGUAAUCAAACUGAUACUGGGCUAAUAAGCAAAGCCAUAGAAGAAAAUGCUGCAUUUUAUUUGGAGUCAUUAACUGAAAAUUCAUGGAAGUUGCUAAUACUUCCAUUUAAAUUUUACACUUGGAUUGCACUUAUUCUCACUUUGAUUCUAGGAAGUAUUGUAUUUUAUUUUUUGUCAUUAUCUUAUAAGAAGCACAUAAGUUCAUAUAAAAGUCAAAAUACAUCUAUAAAAAAUGAAAUGAAAGGAUUAUAUUUAUUUACUGAAAUAGGAAAUAGUAUUUUAUAUACUUAUAGCAUGUUAUUUCAAGUUUCAUUGCCACAUUUACCAAGCCCUUGGGCUGUACGAAUAUUAAUUGGAUGGUGGUGGAUUUAUAGUAUUUUAGUUGCAGUUGCUUAUCGAGCUAGCAUGACUGCAACUCUAGCAAAUCCAGUUGCCAGAGUUACCAUUGAUACAUUAGCACAAUUAGCAAAAAGUUCUAUGGAAGUUGGAGGGUUGAAUGAAGAAAGCAAAAAUUUUUUCUUGAAAUCAUCGGAUCUCAGCAGCCAAGAAAUUGGUAAUAAAUUUAUGAUAAUUAAACAUGAAGAUGAAGCUAUUGAAAAAGUGGCAAAUGGUUCUUUUUGUUAUUAUGAGAACUCUUAUUUACUUCAAUAUGCCCGUGUGAAAAGACAGAUAAUCGAAAAAGAAAAAAAAAGAAAUGAAACUGCAAACAAUAUAUCAUCAAAACAUAAUUUACAUAUCAUGGAAGAAUGUAUUAUAAAUAUGCCAACAGCCCUUGGUAUGGAAAAAAAUUCACCAUUGAAGCCAAAAGUUGAUAAUUUAAUAAGGCGCAUGAUAGAAAUUGGAUUAGUUCAAAAAUGGUUAAAUGAUGUUAUGGAAUGGCCAAAAAUUAUGGAAAUAAGACAAGAGGCAGAAUCAGAAAAAGCAUUAGUUAAUCUUCAUAAGUUACAAGGUGCAUUUUUUGCUAUUAUUUCUGGUUAUUUAUUGGCUUUUAUGAUUUUAAUAAGUGAAAUCUUACAUUGGAAAUAUAUUGUAUUAAAAGAUCCAAAAUUUGACAAGUAUCAUUUAGAUAUAUUUUAUAAUAGUAAUAAUAAUUCUAAAAUAUAAAUUAACAAUUUAUAA